UAGUCAAAAAUCUUGGAAUGGAAGUUGCUGAAAGCUGUCGAGGAUGUCUUAAACCCUUAUCUGUUCGUAAUUUUAAGCUCUCAGAAGCUCUUGAAGGCCUUGAAAAUGUCGUGACGUACCAAGAAGCGUUCGAAAAAUGUUCCGGAUAUUUCAUCAACCCAUCGGAGCCGCAGGAAAUUUGCGAAGAAUGUGCCGGAGAUCUCUUUCACGCCUUUCGUUUCAAGCAAAAAUGCGAAAAAACUCAGGAUCAAAUGCUAAAAUGGAUCAAAAAUGUCGAAAUCAAGGAAGAAAAUGUUGAAAUAUUCGCUGAACCGAUUGUCACGAUGGAAAUGCUCGAGCCAGAAGUUCAUCCAGAGCCUCCAGAACCGGAAAAAAGUCAAAAUAAAAAUUGGGAAUAUUGGCGAUGCGAGAUUUGUGAAAUAAUUUUCAAGUGUCGCGAGUACUACGAGAAGCACGUGUUGCGAAAACAUCCCGAAACUCGCACUGAAAGUUGUCCCUAUUGCCAAAAACUGCAAUUUCCGCAGUUGUUGCUGACACAUUUGAGAUCUUGCCGGCGGAGACCCAAAUUGAACGAAGAAAAAAAGGUAAAAAGUACUUACAGACCCUUUAAAUGCGAAAUUUGCGGGUCGCAAUACGAAAAACGGGAGAUUUUGGCAAUUCAUUACAAGAAAAAGCAUCCGGAAGAGAAGGAAAGUUGUCCGCAUUGCAAAAUGUCGUUCCAUCCGAAGAUGCUGGAGUCACACAUAAAUAUUUGUUGGACCAAACGACGACGACGGAAGCGAUUUUUGUUCGAAAAUGACGAUGAAGACACGCAAACGCCGGAUCCUGACGCGAAAAAACCUCGAUUAUGCCCGAUUUGUGGCCUGCUGAAGACAGAAGCGCACAUCAUCAAGCACGUGAGAAACGGAAACGAUCCCUACGUGUGCGACAUUUGUGGCAAAGUCAUGAAUUCCAAGAUUAGUAUUCGACGGCACAUUAAAACGGUUCAUUUGAGACUUCCCGUGAAAUGUUGUCAUUGCAAAAAAGAAUUUCCAACACCGCAUUUGCUGCUGAAACACGUGAGAUACGACCAUCCUGAGGAUAAAGAAGUCUUUAAAUGCGAUUUUUGCGAAAGAACGUUCUUGAAUACGUAUCACAUGAAGAAACAUCGAGCGACGCACACCGGCGAAAGGUUUUUCCAAUGCAAUAUUUGUGGAAAAGAAUUCAUUCUGAAGACCUCCUAUGAUAAUCACUUGACGACACAUUCCGAUGAGAGGCCAUUCCCAUGCGAAUUGUGCGGCGCCACGUUCAAAACGAAGAAAAAUAUGAAGAAACACAUCAAGCAAGUACAUGACGAGAAGAGUUACGAGUGUCCUUUAUGCGAUCGAGCAUUUGCAGUAAAUUUUUUGAUAUUGCAACACCUGAAAAAGGCACAUCCAGAGUAUCAGUUGCCGCCAAAGGGCACGAGUAUGAAGAAAAUUGUCGCAAAAUACUGCAGACUCACCGAAUCGCUUGAAGAUGUCGAAAAACCCGUGACAUACCAAGAAGCCUUCGAAAAAUGUUCCGGAUAUUUCAUUAAUCCAUCUGAACCUCAGGAAAUUUGCGAAGAAUGUGCCGGAGAUCUCUUUCACGCCUACCGUUUCAAGCAAAAAUGUGAAAAAACUCAGGACCAAAUGCUCAAAUACCUGAAAAAUGUCGAAAUCAAAGAGGAAAAAGUUGAAAUUUUCGCUGAACCACUUACGAAUUUGGAGUUUAAUGAACCUGAUUCGACGAAAAAUUCCAAAUUUGAAGAGGAAAUAUGGAAAUGUGACUUGUGUAAAGCUGUUUUCAAGUGUCUCAAGUCUAUAAGGAAUCACAUGCAUAACGCACAUCCCGAAAAUCUCACCGAAAAAUGUCAAUUUUGCAAAAAGUUGCAACAUCCGCAACUCUUGGAUGCCCACAAGAAGGUUUGUAAGAGUCGCCCGCCUGAUGAAGAGAAGAAAUACAAGAAAAAUCAACAGUUUCAAUGCGAAAUUUGUGGACUUUGUCGGAAAUUCACAUUGCCAAACACACAGGAAGUGCUCCAGACCCCUUUACUUGUGAUAUUUGCGGAAAAUUUUUACAAGACAAAACCGCGAUUCGUCGUCACAUCAAACGAGUUCAUCUACGACUGCCAGAGCGAUGUUGUCAUUGCCAAAAAAGAAUUUCCAUCAGCUUUUCUGCUGCGAAAACACGUUCGUUUCGACCAUCCUGAGGACAAACAAGACAUCAAAUGUGACUUUUGUGGCAGGAAAUUCUUGAAUCGGUAUCACAUGAAGCUCCAUCGAGCCACGCACACCGGCGAGACGUUCUUUAAAUGCAAAAUUUGCGACAAAGGAUUCAUUCAGAGAAGCGCUUUGGACAAACACAUGACGUCACACUCGAACGAGAGACCGUAUGUUUGCGACUUUUGUGGAGAAAAGUUCAAAAAUUAUCCAAACUUGACGAAUCACGUGCAGCAAGUGCAUGAAGAGAAAAAUUAUGAAUGUCCGGUAUGCCAAAAAAAUUUUACAACGAAUUACUUGACGGUGCAACAUUUGAAGAAAAUGCAUCCGGAUUACGAAUUGCCGCCAAAGGGAACGAGUUUCAUGAAAAAUAAAAGAAAAUAA